AAUGGUGGACUGUGUCAAAUAUAUCAUUUCUUCAAUUUAAAAGGCUGUUCGAGGCUAUUUAUCAGUAAGCUGAUAACGUUUUGUUUUAGCAAGGAUAUACACGCAGGAGAGAAGCGAUACAAGUGUAAGGUCUGUGGGUCCGAUAUGUUCCGGAAAUCUCAUUUAAAGCGUCAUAUGAGAAUACAUACAGAAGACAAACCAUACAAGUGUGAGAUAUGUUCGGCUAAUUUUACUCUUAAAACUGAUUUAAAAAGACACACGAGAAUACAUACAGGAGAGAAGCUGUACAUGUGUGAGACAUGUGAUGCUGCUUUCUCUAAGAAAGGUGUUUUACAGAUACAUAUUAGAAUACACACUGGCGAGAAGCCAUACAAGUGUGAGAUAUGUGAUGCUGCUUUCUCUCAGAAAAGUCAUUUACAAGAACAUAUUAGAAUACACACAGGAGAGAAGCCAUACAAGUGUGAGAUAUGUGAUGCUGCUUUCUCUCGGAAAGGUCAUUUACAAAAACAUAUUAGAAUACACACAGGAGAGAAGCCAUACAAGUGUGAGAUAUGUUAUGCUGCUUUCUCUCAGAAAGGUGAUUUACAGAAACAUAUUAGAAUACACACAGGCGAGAAGCCAUACAAGUGUGAGAUAUGUGAUGCUGCUUUCUCUCAGAAAGGUCAUUUACAAAAACAUAUUAGAAUACACACAGGAGAGAAGCCAUACAAGUGUGCGAUAUGUGAUGCUGCUUUCUCUCAGAAAUGUCAUUUACAAAAACAUAUUAGAAUACACACAGGCGAGAAGCCAUACAAGUGUGAGAUAUGCGAUGCUUGUUUCGCUGACAAACGUGAUUUACAGAAACAUUUAAGAAUACACACAGGAGAGAAGCCAUACAAGUGUGAGAUAUGUGAUGCUGCUUUCUCUCAGAAAAGUGCUUUAAAAACACAUAUAAGAAUACACACGGGAGAGAAGCCAUACAAGUGUAAGGUAUGUUAUGCUGCUUUCUCUCAGAAAGGUAAUUUACAGAAACAUGUAAGAAUACACACGGGAGAGAAGCAAUACAAGUGUGAGAUAUGUUAUGCUGCUUUCUCUCAGAAAGGUCAUUUACAGAAACAUGUAAGAAUACACACGGGAGAGAAGCCAUACAAGUGUAAGGUAUGUGAUGCUGCUUUUUCUCAGAAAGGUUCAUUACAGAGGCAUAGAAGAAUACACACAGGAGUGAAGCCGUACAAGUGAAUGUGUGAUACAUGUGAUGCUGAUUUUUUUUCCAGAAAAGUAAUUUACAGACACAUAUAUGAAAACACUCAUAAGAGAAGCAGCAGCACUUUUAGUCAUGUGGGGCUGAUUUCUCUGAGAAAGUGAUUUGAAAACACGUAAAAGAAUACAUCCAGGAAAGAAACUAUAAAAGUAUGAGAUAUGUGAUGUUGAAUACUCUCAGAUAAACUGUUCACAGAAACAUAUUAGAAUCCACGCAGGAGAGAUGCCAUACACGUAUGAAUUACGUGAUUCUGAUUUCUCGCUGAAACGUGAUUUACAAAGGCAUAUGAGAAUACACUCAGGAAAGAAGCCAUUCGAAUGUAAGGCAGAUGGUGAUACCUUUCCUUGAAGAAACUAUUUGAAAACUGAUUUUAAAGGGAUUCACUUAGAAUGAGAAGCGAUGUAUAUGUGGUUCUGCUUAAACUUUAGGAAUUUUACCAUUUUGUUAUACGAUGAACUUUCAGAACAUCUGAGAUGCCCUUUGAUGUCGUUGGUGGACUUUUAAAACUUCUAAGAUGCACUUUGAUGUCGUUGGUGGACUUUUAGAAUAUCUAAGAUGCACUUAGAUGUCGUUGGUGUACUUUAAGAAUAUCUAAGAUGCACUUAGAUGUCGUUGGUGAAGUUUAGAAUAUCUAAGAUGCACUAAGAUGUCGUUGGUGAAGUUUAGAAUAUCUAAGAUGCACUUAGAUGUCGUUGGUGAAGUUUAUGAUAUCUAAGAUGCACUUAGAUGUCGUUGGUGAAGUUUAGAAUAUCUAAGAUGCACUUAGAUGUCGUUGGUGAAGUUUAGAAUAUCUAAGAUGCACUUAGAUGUCGUUGGUGAAGUUUAGAAUAUCUAAGAUGCACUUAGAUGUCGUUGGUGAAGUUUAGAAUAUCUAAGAUGCACUUAGAUGUCGUUGGUGAAGUUUAUGAUAUCUAAGAUGCACUUAGAUGUCGUUGGUGAAGUUUAGAAUAUCUAAGAUGCACUUAGAUGUCGUUGGUGAAGUUUAGAAUAUCUAAGAUGCACUUAGAUGUCGUUGGUGAAGUUUAUGAUAUCUAAGAUGCACUUAGAUGUCGUUGGUGAAGUUUAGAAUAUCUAAGAUGCACUUAGAUGACGUGGUUGUACUUUAAGGACGUAUUGGCCAAAUGUACCCACGGCUUUUGUGUUCAAUUCUAUUGUAGUUUGUGUUUAAUAACAUACAAUGUUAACUAUAUAUGUGUACGCCUUUGUUUUAAUACAUCGAACUAUUAAUAAUUAUAAUAAUAAUAAUACUAAUAAUAACAAUAAUUAAUUAUAAUAAAAAAUUAAGCUACAUGUAUGUAACAUAACUUUUUUUCAAUAUGGCCUUCAUAAACACAUACAACUGCAAUGUAACAAACAAACAAACACAAAAACACACACACUCACUCACACAGGCACACACACAGCUCUAGUUAUAAUAAGCAUACACACAUACACACAUGUACACGUUAAACAUUCAAGAAAAGAACUUUCAAUUAUUUGUAUAUAUUCUUCGACAAUCAAUCGUACAUGAGAAUAUCAUGUAUAACAAUUGCUGUAGUGUCUGGAUUUUCGUAACACGUAUAAAAGUAAUAGUACACUGAUAACAUUUUGAAACUUGCCAAACAUUUUGUUAUAAACCCGUACGAAAAAUUCAGGCGUAAACCAGCUGGUUGGGACACGGAAACCAGGCGGAAACCAACUGGUUUUCUGUAUUGCGUGUGCUUAACGUGUCUAAAGGAGCAGGACACGUAAAACGAACCCAAAACCAGGCGUAAAAUAUCCCGGUAUGAAGACACGUAAAUUCAAACCAGGCGUAAUUUUUCGAAACCAGGCGUAAAGUUGGACUUAGACAUUUUCGCAAUAAGCAAAAGGCGUAAAUUGAGACUUGGAAUAUUUUUUGUUCCAAUAUAAUACUUUGACAUUUUUUCUGUUGCCAAAGAUUAAAAAAGAAUGUGCAAAAAUAAGCUGUGCUUUAAAUAAUAUUUGUUUAAAACUUAUAUCUUUUUAAUAGGAAUACAGUUAGAAAUUGGCAAUAAAAUUAACUUUUUGUAGAGGAUAUUUUUUAUUAUUAUAGAUGAAACUAGAAAAUAAUUGAAAAAUACUUAUCGGCAGUAUAUAAGCAACUUGCCUUAGAAUUGCUAUUUAAAACUAAUUAUUUCAUAGUCGAAUUCAGAUUUCUAACUCUUUUUUAUUUGACUCAUGAUUUAUUUUGAUAAAAAGUUUAAUACUGCUACAUGUUAUCAAAAUUUCUCUCUCUAUGAGUCCAGUUGUAUCACACCCUGGGCUUAUCAGUUCAAUCAAAGGUCAGGCAGAAAGCUUCCUGGAGAGUUUUAUCUAAGCCAAUCAGCAUCAGGUUAACAUUCAUCUGUGUAGGAAAUUCAAAUGUAUGGAGAAGAAUCAUGUAAACAUGGCGGUUUCUGAAGCUCAUUUUGUGUGGAUCAACCUUUUCCCUAAUCAUUUAAAAAGGUAAGAACAGAUUCAACAUAUUUCUUUAAUAAUAUUCCACAGUAAAAAGAACAUAAAUAAAUCUGAUGAGUGACUAAAUAUAAUAUUCUUGCAGUUCUUUAUCUGACAGCAUUUAAACAUUUUGAGUAUUGCUCCCAGGACAAUGAACCUCCAUUAACACAAAUUGUCUCACUGGGAUGCUUUGAAGCCUCAUGAUUGUAAUACAGUGUGUGCAAUUAUAUGAAUAUAUCCACAAGUUCUAAUACUUGAAAGUUAGUAUAAUUAAGCUGCAAUAAACUUCAUAUAUACUCUUCUUGUUUUAAAUUCAAUAUCUCACUAAUCAUUUGAUACAAAUAACUUAAAAAUAUCUGAAUUAUUUCAGCGUCUGUCAUAAAGCAUAUUUAGUCAUUACCUUACUAAAGUAACUGUUCUUCUUCUAUUAUUUCAUGCGUCAUACGUUAUAAAAAAAAUAAUAAUUUCUAAAAUGCAUUAUUUUUUUUGACGCUAUUAAACACACAAACAAAAAACGUAUACAUCUUUUUCAUUUCACUUUGAUUUUUAAGAUAUAGACUUAAUUUACAAAAUUAUAAUGAUGUGCAAAAUAUAGAUACAUAAAAUACAAAUAUUUAUGAACAUAGAACAAGCUUUAAAUGACCUUUUAAGCCAAUACAAAAGGGGAGUCAAGUUAUUCCUAAGAAAAAUCUCUCCACUUGAAAAACAAACUCUAAAAAUUGCACAGUCCGCCAUGAAAGUUCUUCCAAAAUGUCCUUUCAACUUUAGGGCAGCAGUAAAUGCUUUAAUCUCUACUCUAAAUGAUAAAUCAAGCAAGAGUAGAUACUCAAGGUAUAAACGUUUUAGGAAUAAUGACAUUUUAGAUGUACAGUGGACACAACAACAAAAGGUACUUGAUCAUGAAUAAAUGUCUAUUUUUACUAUUAAAGUUUGCAACUAGAUUGAGUCCACAAACUGAUGAGUUUGUGUGAUCUACGUUUAGACAUUUUCAAUAUAUCAAGGGUCAAACACUCUUAAGUGA